AUGGCACAAAAUACUGCUGACAAGCAUGUUCAGUUUGAUACUAAUAAGCCACGUAUAUUUUGGAGUGCUGGACAAGUAUCUAAUUUGCAACACGAGCAAAUAUUGCCUGUUGUUUUGAAGAAAAGGCUAUUACUGCCCUAUACUCCACCCGAUUCGUUAAUGAAUGAUUUAUUUAGUGCAAUUCAACGUAAAACAUGGACAAAAGCAAAAUCCCUAUGCUACGAAUUGAUUUUAUGUGAUUCACAACGAAAAACCUAUCGAGAUCUUUACAUUUUGUUGGACAAGAUAACAGACAUAAUUGAUGUACGCGUAAACGGUCCAAGAGAAGAAUCAUCCGAUUCAUCUUUGACAUCAUGCGAUGAUGGAGAUUUGAAUGAUGAUCAACGACGAAGAAAAUUGUAUCGAAAAAGAAGAGAUAAAGCAAGCAGUAAACGUCAAGUAAAGAUGAAGUCUUUUUAUUAG